AAAGGAAGAAGGCAGUGGGAAGUGUUGUAGUCCUGAGAAAGAGGGGAGGGGGAUGCAGCUUUCCAUCUCGCUGAGGAGAGAAAAGGAAGAGAAAAAAAUGGCCAGCUGGUCCUUUAGCUCUCUGACUGAUACUGACAAGUUCUGCUUGAAUUCAAACCUGGAAUCUCCAUCUGGUUGGUGGAGAAGAGCUAUACACCAACCUGGGCAUGGCAACUUAAAUCUACUGAUGGUUCUUUGGCUCUAAAGUGAGAUUUGGUUGCACCAGAAACAGAGUAGAGUCUAAGCAGACAGACGGAAGGAUCUCACAACACACAAACAAAGGUGACUGCUGAGUUCAGAUGCAAAUACCAGCCAACGCUAUGGAAGUCUGUAAGCCUUUGCAGUACUUGAAUCCUAUCUAGACACAUGCUUUUGUAAGUUCUGUUCUCCUUUUGUAAUGCUACAGAUAGAACCCAGGGCCUCACAUUUGCUAGGGAAACAGAUCUUGACAGUUGCCGUCAUUGUCCUGCGGUGCUAGGAUGGAGGCCCCACUGGUGAGUCUGGAUGAAGAGUUUGAAGACAUCAGGCCCUGUUGCACCGAGGACCCAGAGGAAAAGCCACAGUCUCUCUAUGGCACGUCUCCUCACCAUCUGGAGGACCCUUCCCUCUCCGAGCUUGAGAAUUUUUCUUCCGAAAUCAUCAGCUUCAAGUCCAUGGAGGACCUCGUGAAUGAAUUUGACGAGAAGCUCAAUGUCUGCUUUCGGAACUACAACACCAAGACGGAGAACCUGGCUCCAGUGAAGAACCAGUUCCAGAUCCAGGAGGAAGAGGAGACUCUUCGGGAUGAGGAGGUUUGGGAUGCUCUGACAGACAAUUACAUCCCUUCACUCUCAGAAGACUGGAGGGACCCAAACAUUGAAGCUCUGAAUGGCAACAGCUCUGACACUGAGAUCCAUGAGAAGGAAGAAGAAGAAUUCAAUGAGAAAAGUGAAAACGACUCUGGCAUCAAUGAGGAGCCUCUCCUCACAGCUGACCAGGUGAUUGAGGAGAUCGAAGAAAUGAUGCAGAACUCCCCAGAUCCUGAGGAGGAAGAGGAGGUUCUGGAAGAGGAGGAUGGAGGAGAAAUCUCAUCCCAGGCAGAUUCAGUUCUGCUCCAAGAGAUGCAGGCCCUAACACAGACCUUCAACAACAACUGGUCCUAUGAAGGGCUGAGACACAUGUCUGGGUCUGAGCUGACAGAGCUGCUGGACCAGGUGGAGGGUGCCAUCCGUGACUUCUCCGAGGAGCUGGUUCACCAGCUGGCCCGCAGGGACGAGCUGGAGUUUGAGAAGGAAGUGAAGAACUCCUUCAUCACGGUGCUCAUUGAGGUUCAGAACAAGCAGAAGGAGCAGCGGGAACUGAUGAAGAAGAGGCGGAAAGAGAAGGGGUUAAGCCUGCAGAGCAAUCGGAUAGAGAAGGGAAACCAGAUGCCUCUCAAGCGUUUCAGCAUGGAAGGUAUCUCCAACAUCCUGCAGAGCGGCAUCCGGCAGACCUUUGGCUCCUCAGGAGCCGACAGACAGUAUCUGAACACAGUCAUCCCUUAUGAGAAGAAAUCCUCUCCUCCCUCUGUGGAAGACCUGCAGAUGCUGACAAACAUUCUUUUUGCCAUGAAGGAGGAUAACGAGAAGGUGCCUACUUUGCUAACGGACUACAUUUUAAAAGUGCUCUGUCCAACCUAACCUCACUGUUGGAGCAGCCUCACUGCAGGAGGUCACCGAGCAAGAAAGUCAUUCCGUCACUGGGAUUGCAUGACACCACGUAACCUCCGGCGUGUAUUUAAACGUGUAGAGCUUGACCUGAAUUAAACAUGAGAAACCGCGCGCGGGAUGCUUUGCUGUCGGCUUCUAGUGCUAGUAAUCACUGAAUGCAUGAUCGGGCGCAGGGCCGGUGACUCUGCCCCCUCUCCACCUGUGUUGGGGAAGGCAGGUGCCCUCACCAUUCAUUAUGUAGUCUGGCUCCAGCCCUCAACCCAGCUUAUACUCUUAAGACUAAUUUUGAAAUAAACCUUCAUUUAAUUAA